AUGGCAUCAGCAGAUGGUCCAGCUUUCCAAAAGCUGCGAUCAAUUGUCCAUCAUGGUUGGCCGAAAAACCGAUCCAAUCUGGACCGGUGUCUUUAUCCAUUCUACGACAUGCGUGAUGAACUGACCAUCCUGGAGGAACUGAUAUUCAAGGGACAACAAUUGUUUGUGCCAGCUUCUCUUCGAAAAGAGCUUAUUGUAGUGAUACACGCAUCACAUAUUGGUAUUGAUGCAUGCAUCCGUCGAGUAUGGGACAAGGCUGUACUGGUCCAGAAUGACAACAGAGUUGAAGGAGUACAUCUCGAAGUGUGA